GCGGACCACAGAAAGCACACUUGGUUGAAUGGCUAUUAAAACAGCAAUCAGCGGUAAAUAUAUGAUGAUGCCAAGCUCCAAACAGACACCGAGCGGAUUGUCAGAGCCUCCGGCUGCGCACUUUGGUAUCGAGGAGAGACUUAAUGAAAUGCUGCCGCUGCAUGGCCGCGGAUUGAAUGUGCGCGGAGUCUGGCUGUAAAUCAGAUCAGGAGUUGCUGUGUGAGGAUUCAAGCAGUGAUCACCAGUUUUGGACAUUGAUUCGGUGCAGGCGUUAACGUUGACGUUAACGUUGUUAAAUUGGACGUGUGGUAACGCGGACUGUCGCCUACCAUGGAGCGAGGAGGUGUUUUUUGUGGCUGCCGGAGGAGGAGGAGGAGCGGUUGAGUUUUCUCCUCAGCGUUCCCAUCAGCGCAAGUGUGCGAGGGUCGUGAUGAUGCUUUUUGGCCAAACGUGAGGCUCCCCCCGCCGUCCAGGCUGCAAUGUUUGGUCAAUACAGGUGCAUCAAGACCUGACGGAACUAAAUUAAAACCGCCGACAUGGGAUUCACCUUUUUUUUUAAAAAAAAUUUCCCUUCACCUCCGACAUUUCUUUUCACAACGCGUUUGCAAGGAUACAGGAAACAUGUCCGCAGAUAUAACGGAUUAGUGUAAUUGAUGCUGUCACGCUAUGAUCUGUGGGGACAAUCUGAGUUAUAAUCUCUCCAUGGAUGGUAGUUAAUUGGGCCCAAUGAUGUAGAGCCAAAUCCACCUGGAUCUAAUGUUCCCUCCUCUCGUUGCGAAACUUCCCCUGUGACUUUGCGCAUGUUCAAUUGUUUUUAUUCCCAGAGCUUUUCACCUCUCUCGGUUAUUGCUUUCCGUAAUCCCAUCUCGAGUUUGAAAUAUUUUAAAAUGAAUGUUUGCCUCUAAAGGUGUGAGAUUACACUUUUAGAUGUAAAGGCUGUUUCAACAGUGACCAACAAUGAGAAAUUCAGUGUAUAACAUGUAUUUGAUGCGCCUCAUAUUUGGGACUAAAUAGUUUCCUGGUGUUCACUGGAAUAGAACUUUUCCUGAGGUGGUUUUUGUUCAGGCAUAUUUCUGCUGUUGCCCCCACCCCCCCACUCCCAACACACACCCCUCACCACCCCCCUCCUCCUUUUCCACAAUGUCCAGAUCAAACAGUGUCAGCCCACCCGGAGUCGGUGCGCCCGGGCUGAGGGGAGGGACUGAGCACAGAUCAGCUUGGGGAGAGUCUGAGUCUGUGGCUAACGGGUGCCCGUACUCAGCCAGAUCUCCGCGCAAGAAGCUCACCCGGACCAACAGUCGGUGGAGGGAAGAGGAUGAUCUGGACCACCGGCAGCCCGGGCGAGCCUCCACGACUGUCAGCAGGGUCAGCUUCACGUCCAGGUCGGCUUGGCAGGACCAUGGUGAGGAGAGCCGAGACAACAACCGCGCGUCCCCUAAACGUCCUGACGGCGAGGUGAGACCCAAGUCUGUGGAGCUGGGUCUGGAGGAGCGGAGAGCCAAGCCGAGGGCCGACGAGGAGGAGGUCAUGCCCGAAGUAAACUUUUCUUUAGUUGCGUGCUGCAACAGCGUCAUGCACAUUUUCAAAUCCAAGAAAUUCCAGUCGGAGAAUUUGGAGCGACUCUAUCAGCGCUACUUUUUCCGUCUCAACCAGAGCAGCUUGACCAUGCUCAUGGCAGUGCUGGUGCUGGUCUUCACGGUCAUGCUAGUCUUCCACUGCUCUGGGGGGACAGUGAGGCCGAGCGUAACUUAUGUGGUGGUAUUUUCUGUGGCCAUCUUCCUCACACUCAUACUCAUGGUGGUCUGCAACAGGAACGGCUUUCACCAGGACCAUAUGUGGAUUGUGUGUUAUGUGGUCAUCCUGUUGGUGCUGGUGAUCCAGGUGAUCGGUGUGCUGCUCGUGCAGCCGAGAAGUGCCUCAGAGGGGAUCUGGUGGACCGUGUUCUUCAUCCAUGUCAUCUACACUCUGCUGCCCGUCAGGAUGCGCGCCGCAGUCAUCACUGGAGUUAUUCUAUCUGCCAUCCACGUGGCUGUUUCUUGGAUCUUAAACGGCGCGGACAGCUUUGUGUGGAAGCAGAUAGUGUCCAAUGUGCUGAUCUUCUCCUGUACCAACAUCGUGGGAGUGUGCACUCAUUACCCCGCUGAGGGCUCCCAGAGGCAGGCCUUCCAGGAGACCAGGGAAUGCAUACAAGCUCGCCUCCACUCCCAGAGGGAAAACCAGCAGCAGGAGCGUCUCCUGCUCUCAGUGCUUCCCCGCCAUGUUGCCAUGGAGAUGAAAGCUGACAUAAACGCCAAGCAGGAGGACAUGAUGUUUCACAAGAUCUACAUCCAGAAGCACGACAAUGUCAGCAUCUUAUUCGCAGACAUCGAGGGUUUCACCAGUCUGGCGUCCCAGUGCACAGCACAGGAGCUGGUGAUGACUCUCAAUGAACUCUUCGCUCGCUUUGACAAGCUGGCAGCGGAGAACCACUGUCUGCGGAUCAAGAUCUUGGGAGACUGCUACUACUGCGUGUCUGGGCUGCCAGAGGCAAGAGCAGAUCACGCCCACUGCUGUGUGGAGAUGGGGUUGGACAUGAUAGAGGCUAUCUCGCUGGUGCGUGAGGUGAUGGGAGUGAACGUGAACAUGAGAGUGGGCAUCCACAGCGGCAGGGUGCACUGUGGGGUUCUGGGACUCAGGAAGUGGCAGUUUGACGUCUGGUCCAAUGACGUCACACUAGCCAAUCAGAUGGAGGCCGGGGGCAAAGCUGGACGUAUCCAUAUCACCAAGGCCACUCUGAAUUAUCUGAAUGGUGACUAUGAUGUGGAGCCGGGAGCAGGGGGAGAAAGAAAUCCCUACCUAAAGAAGAACAACAUAGAAACCUACCUCAUUGUGGGAUGCAGUCAGAAACGGAAAGAGGAAAAGGCGAUGAUAGCCAAAAUGAACCGACAGAGGACGAAUUCUGUCACCCACAACAGCGGCCACUGGACUGACCGUCCGUUCUACAAUCAUCUGGGCGGCAACCAGAUCUCCAAGGAGAUGAAGAGGAUGGGCUUUGAAGACCCCAAGGACAAGCAUUUCAUAUUCAGAAACACGCAGGAAAACCUAAACCCAGAGGACGAGGUGGAUGAGUUCCUGGGCCGGGCCAUUGAUGCACGCAGCAUCGACCGUCUGCGCUCCGAACACGUCAAGAGGUUCCUGCUCACCUUCAGAGAGCCUGACCUGGAGAAAAAGUACUCCAAACAGGUGGACUCCAGGUUCGGGGCCUAUGUGGCCUGCGCCUCCCUCGUCUUUCUCUUCAUCUGCUUCAUCCAGAUCAUCACUGUGCCACCCUCCAGUCUGAUGAUCGGCUUCUUCAUCACCUGUCUCAUUAUCCUGACGGCUGUCAUGUUUGUGUCAGCUAUCUACUGCUGUUUUGGGCUCUUCCCAGUCCCACUGCAGGCUCUGUCUAAGAGGAUAGUCCAGUCCAGACUGAACAGCACCCUGGUGGGCGUCUUCACCAUCAUCGUCGUCUUUCUAUCUGCUUUCAUCAACAUUUUCACCUGCAGCAGCCACGACCUGCGGAGCUGCAUCAAGGCAGAGCUCAACAUCAGCCUGGACAGUGUGAACGCCUGCCACGCCCACCUCCUCAACUACAGCCUGGAGACUCAGUACAGCCCCUGUGGAGACGACGCACUCAACUGCAGCUUUCCUGAGGUACAGUACUUCUCGUCCUGCGUGUUGCUCAGCCUGCUGGCCUGCUCAGUCUUUCUGCAGGUCAGCAGCCUUGGUAAGCUCUUCCUCAUGCUCUUCAUCGAGCUGCUCUACGUCCUCAUCAUGGAGGUGCCCAAAGUGAGUCUCUUCGAUAACCAGGACCUGCUGGUCAUGGCCAACGCCAUCAACUUUGUCGAGCAUAUUAAUGGAACAAGCUGUAUGGUGGACUCCAAGGUUCCUCUGAAGAUCAUGACACCAGUGGUCAUCACUGUUUUCGUUCUUGCCCUCUAUCUUCACGCCCAGCAGGUGGAGUCCACAGCCAGACUCGACUUCCUGUGGAAGCUGCAGGCCACAGAGGAGAAGGAGGAGAUGGAGGAGCUGCAGGCCUACAAUCGUCGUCUGCUCCACAACAUUCUGCCCAAAGAUGUGGCCGCCCACUUCCUGCAGCGUGAACGGCGUAACGACGAGCUCUACUACCAGUCGUGCGAGUGUGUCGCAGUUAUGUUCGCCUCCAUCAGUAACUUCUCAGAGUUCUACGUGGAGCUGGAGGCCAACAACGAGGGAGUGGAGUGUCUGCGGCUGCUCAAUGAGAUCAUCGCUGACUUUGAUGAGAUCAUCAGUGAGGACCAGUUCCGUCAGCUGGAGAAGAUCAAAACCAUCGGCUCCACCUACAUGGCGGCCUCCGGCCUCAACGACUCCACAUAUGACAAAGUGGGGCGCUCGCACAUCCGCGCCCUGGCUGACUACGCCAUGAGGAUGAUGGACCAGAUGAAAUACAUCAAUGAACACUCCUUUAACAACUUCAAGAUGAAAAUAGGUCUUAACAUCGGUCCAGUGGUUGCCGGGGUGAUCGGGGCCAAGAAGCCUCAGUACGACAUCUGGGGGAACACAGUGAACGUGGCGAGUCGCAUGGACAGCACAGGUGUACCAGAGAGGAUCCAGGUGACCGCAGACCUGUACCAACUCCUGAGCUCCUAUAACUACACAUUAGAAUACAGAGGUAUGGUCACAGUUAAGGGCAAAGGAGAGAUGAUGACCUAUUUUCUCACCGGUGGACCCUCCAGCAGUUAACCCACACUAAGUGACAGACAGACACACUGGGGUAGGCACCUUAAACUCUGCCUCUGAAACAGCGAGCAGGCUCAUGGACCUCAAAUAGCUCAUGGCGGACUGAGACCAUCUCUCUCUUCUUGCGGCACUGAUCCCCUCUUGAACCUACUGAGGUCACAACAGGGAAGGAUGAGAAAACUCAUCCUAAUUCUCAGCCUGCGGAGGAGACUACGAGCGGGAGAGUUCUCUCACUAACCUGAGUCUGUCGUUGAGACCAAAGAUGUCCAAUCAGAGCGUGUAGACAGAUUUUGCCGCGUGAGUCUCAGUCCUGAUGGGAAAAUGUUCUCUGAGAAACUUUGUUUGCUUCAUUCUGCUAGAUUUUCUGAGGGUUUGAACAAACCUGUGGGAGGACAUGAACUGUGUCACUUCCCCUUCUAUUUCUCUGCCUUUCUCCUGCUGAAGUAUAUAUGUACAUGUAAAACACAGACAGUUUUAUGUGUAUGUAUAUGAUUGUAUGUAAAAACAAAUUUUGUCCAUGCCGUUGUGAUACAGGUACAAAUCUCUUAAGUGUGGACACCCCAAGCAGCACUAUCCGUCCUUGUAUCAAUAUCUGAUCACAGCAGUAAUUAACCGAUUGAUGGAUGAGUCGCAGUAAGUCGUGUCAUAUCGAUGAGGAGGUCCCUCAGAGACAGUUUGUUAGAACAGAGAGAAAACACUCCACAGUGUUCACAGAAAGCCUCCCAUCACAAACUCACACCACAGAAUCAACAGCAUAUAAACACACACACACAAAAACACAAAGAGGAUGUCAAUGAAGAGCUUUUUCUAAUCUUCGACAUUUUGUAUUUUGACUUCAGAACACCAAACCCUAUCAGAUAUUUUAAGAUUCUAUAUUUUGUACAUUAAUAUAUUAGAGAGCUAUCUAUAAACACCAAUGUGUAUUCAGAUGUACAUACUGUAUCACUCAUGUUGGGAUUGCAGAGGUCCUCACUGGUGUUGCCUGGUCUUUGCGUAGCAGCAUAGCUGAUGUACCAUUUAGCUUCAGCAGAUUGACGCCCCUGAAAGCCUGCUUCUCACUCCUUUCACAGCAUCGACUGCUUCGAUCUGCAGGAAGUCAACUGUUUGCUGAUUGGAUGGAGGUUUCAGAUGGUUUCCCCUCUUGUGUGUCUGAAUCUCACCGUAAGACUUUGAAUGACAGACUAGAGGAUGGGAAUGCAUCGGUCUCGGUGCUCAAAAGCCAUUUUGCACUCCAGUGCUUUCAGCCGUCCCCCCUUCCCCCCCUCCUUCACACCCCUCUUGCUUGCUCAAUCAGAUGGUACGACCCAAUGAAUGUCCAAUGAUCUCCGAUGAGGCCUUUAAUAUGAACUCUAUACUGACGACGGUGAUGAUGCUCAUCCUGUGGACAGGGACAGACAAGCCCACGUGAAAAUGUGCCAUUUUAUCUGCUGUUUUGUUUUUGUUUUUUUCCAGAGUAGUUUCCUCCAGUAUUAUAGCAUAACUCAGCAUGUCACCCUGGACAUUCCAUGGAUUUGGGUGAUUUUUAGUGAUAUUGAUACCAAACACUACAGCUGGUUCUGUUUGUCUUGGCUGAGGCCCAGAGUACAUUAUGAGGUAAACGUUUGGACCAAGUCUCAAGUUUUUAUCUGGAGAAAACCGAAGUUCAUUGAAACAAAUAAGAAAAAAUAAGGCUGGUGUUAUUCUGUAUUUUUUUUUUUUUACUGUCACCAAAACCAACAAUGUCAAAACCAACAGUCCAUCUCUCAAGACUGUCUCACUUCCCUUUCCUGUCAGUGGCUUUCAGCCCCACAGCUGAGGCUCAGUCCUUUCCUACACAGCCAGCCACUGCAGUUAGUCAAACAGGGAAUAAACAGCACAUUUGUUGGAGACUAUUUUCAGAUGUGGAUUAAAACACAUAAAGGCUGCUACUGACAGUUGUUUACAUUUUUGAUUGCUGAUCAUUUUCACAAUAACCAUUUUGUCCAAAAUUAGUCAGAACAGAGUGAAAAUUGCCCAACAAAUUUUCCCCAGAGUUGCUUCGACAAGUUGCUUGUAUUUUUUAACCAACAGUUAAAAGCCCAAAGAAAUCCUGUUAACUGUCACAUAAGACAAAACCAAGCAAAAAAUCCUCAGAAUUGAGAAGCUGAAACUAAAAAUGAUCAAGUUUGUAAGUUUGAUUAUAGCUGCCAAUUAAUUUUCUAUCUAUUGACUGAUUGAUCAAAUGGUUUUCAGUUCUAAUACACAUCUGGUGCAUUACUAUGUAUUUCUGGCGGCAGGAAACUACAGUGUUUUAAUAGUUUUUGGAGCUAUGUGGCACAGAAGAACAAGAUGUAUCAAGCUUCUCCUACACAGAUAAUAUUUCUCAGUGGAUCAGUUUAUUGUUGGUUUUGGCCUUCUCAUCAGUUUGGAUACAGUAAGAAAAAUAUGGAUACAUUGUUUUAAAUGUUGGUGGUUUUGCUUUUAGUUUCCUGUUUGAAAGGAAGAAGAGAAACUUGGCACUUAGUCCAAAUGUUUGCAUGGAGCGUUUAGAAUGAAAAUGCGCCUGCACUGGUCUACUCUGAUGGUUUCUGUUUUGUUAAUGUACUGUACUGCUGCAACCAUUAUCUUCACACACCACUACUAAAACUUUAAGUGUCAUCCCAUGUGACUCAUUGAAUGCAGUGCCAUUCUAUGCCCUUGUGAGCCCCUUUUCUACUGUUUAUUGUGCAGGAAUGUGCCAUUAGAAAACACGGGGGGGGGGGG